CACCACAACCCACCAAGAUGAUCCAAUGGUGUCUUGAAAGGGCUCAGGAGAAUUACAGGAUGUAUUCCUGACAGGUGCACCUUCCCUUAAAUAGCAAAGCUGAGCAAGGGGCCAUAUAAAAGCCAGAGACAUGGUUUAGGUUUUCAACAAGAAUCUUGCCAGCUUCAAGCAGAGGACAUUUGGGGCAGCAGCAUGGAAGAUGAUUUUGCUUGCCAACUCAAAAAAAUGGCCUUGGCCAUGGGGGCAUCCCUGACGGACAAAGAACUUGACAUGUUGCCCUCAGAAAUGAGGCACCACGCUUCAUUCAAUUACAUCAAGUUCCUUGAAUACAUGCAGCAGUUUCUGACAUCGGACGAGAGGGAGACUCAGUUGCGUAAAGCCUUCAAAUUGCUUGACAAGGAUGACAGUGGUUUCAUUGAAUGGAAUGAAAUCAAGUACAUCCUAGCCACGGUGCCCAGUAACAUGCCAAUUGUCCCCUUGUCAGACGAAGAAGCAGAAGCUGUGAUCCAGGCAGCAGAUGCAGACGGCGAUGGGAGGAUUGAUUUUCAAGAGUUUUCUGAUAUGAUCACGAAGGAGAAGAUUCCAAAGAAAAAAUAGAGAAAAAUAAAACCACCUCUUACUUCUCUACUCAAAACUGUGUGCUGGGCUGGGAUGGUUGUUGGGAUCUGCUGGUACUUUUAUCUCUGAUCAUUUUUUUCCCCUUGAAGUACCAAUUUUUUUUUUGGCAGGAAGAUUUUUGGAGGGGGGCGCACAUCUGCAGCUUGCUGAAUGACCUCUGUAGUGCUCCAGAAACAAUUCAAAGCAUUCAUUGUAUUUCUCUUUGUGACAUCUUUUGGGGCAAGCAGUU